UUCAUGAGCUUCUCAAAGUUGUUCAAGUCAUAACAUUUACCGAAAAAGAAAGAGUUCUGACCAUGGCUUCAUCACUCUUUAUUCCUUCAUCCAUAGUGGAAGAAGAAGCCAGGUUUGAAGCCGAAGUGGCAGAGGUGCAAGCAUGGUGGAACUCUGAGAGGUUCAAGCUAACCAAAAGGCCAUACUCAGCUAGAGAUGUGGUGUCCCUGAGAGGAAACCUCAGACAAAGCUAUGGCUCGGGUGAGAUGGCCAAAAAGCUAUGGCGCAAUCUGAAGAACCACCAAGCCAAUGGCACAGCUUCAAGGACUUUUGGUGCACUUGACCCUGUUCAGGUCACUCAGAUGGCGAAGCACUUGGACACCAUCUAUGUCUCAGGAUGGCAGUGUUCAGCCACUCACACCACCACCAAUGAGCCAGGCCCUGACCUUGCCGAUUACCCUUAUGACACUGUCCCCAACAAGGUUGAGCAUCUCUUCUUCGCUCAGCAAUACCAUGACAGGAAACAAAAAGAGGAGAGAAUGAACAUGAGCAGGGAAGAGAGGGCAAGAACCCCUUAUGUUGAUUACUUGAGACCCAUCAUAGCUGAUGGUGACACAGGUUUUGGUGGCACCACAGCAACUGUGAAGCUUUGCAAGCUCUUUGUGGAGAGAGGUGCUGCUGGCAUCCACAUUGAGGACCAGUCUUCUGUGACAAAAAAGUGUGGCCACAUGGCAGGGAAAGUUCUGGUUGCCAUCAGUGAACACAUCAAUAGGCUAGUGGCAGCAAGGCUUCAGUUUGAUGUUAUGGGGGUGGAAACUGUGCUGGUGGCCAGAACAGAUGCAGAAGCUGCUAAUUUGAUUCAAUCUAACAUUGACACUAGGGACCACCAAUUUAUCUUGGGUGUGACCAACCCAAACCUGAGGGGAAAGAGCUUGGCAGCUCUUAUGGCAGAAGACAUGGCUGCUGGGAAAAGUGGAGCAGAACUUCAGGCUUUGGAGGAUGAGUGGCUGUCAAAGGCAGAGUUGAAGACUCUGUCAGAAGCAGUUGUGGAAGCAAUAGAGAGACAGAACAUUGGAGAGGAAGAGAAGAGAAGGAAGUUGAAUGAGUGGAAGCAGCAUUCAAGUUAUGAAAGGUGUCUUUCCAAUGAAGAAGGAAGGGAGAUAGCAGAGAGGUUAGGAGUGAGGAAGCUGUUUUGGGACUGGGACUUGCCUAGGACUAGAGAAGGGUUUUACAGGUUCAAAGGGUCUGUAACAGCAUCAGUUGUGAGAGGUUGGGCUUUUGCUCCACAUGCUGAUGUGAUAUGGAUGGAAACUGCAAGCCCCAAUGUGGGUGAGUGCAUAGAGUUUUCUGAGGGGGUUAGAUCAAAGCACCCUGAGAUGAUGCUUGGCUACAACCUCUCUCCAUCUUUCAAUUGGGAUGCUUCUGGCAUGAGUGAUGAGCAAAUGAGAGACUUCAUUCCCAAGAUUGCAAAGUUGGGGUAUGUGUGGCAGUUCAUCACAGUUGGAGGUCUGCAUUCUAAUGCACUCAUCACUUCAACAUUUUCAAGAGACUUUGCCAAAAGAGGCAUGCUGGCUUAUGUUGAGAGGAUUCAGAGAGAGGAGAGGAACAAUGGAGUUGACACUCUUGCUCACCAGAAAUGGGCUGGUGCUAACUACUAUGACAGAUACCUCAAGACUGUCCAAGGAGGUGUGGCUUCAACUGCUGCAAUGGGAAAAGGAGUAACCGAAGAGCAGUUUAAAGAGUCAUGGACUAGGUCAGGAGCUGUUGACAUUGAUGGAGGCACUAUUGUGGUUGCUAAAGCCAGAAUGUGAAAGUGCUACUUCUGCUUAACUAUACUCUGAGGGUGAAUUUCGGGCAAAUUCACCAAUUUUUCUGUUGGAUUGGAACACAUCUCCUUAACAUUGAAUCAAUAUUCUGCUAUUUU